AUGACUAUCACCACGGCAGCUGGGGAAGCUCCGGGAAGAGACAAGGAUGAUUCUGAUGCAACCACCUCGGUCGCUACCGAGACUGCGGCUGGCACUACUACGAUCGAUGCUCCUGCUGAUCCUACUACCAUCAUGACGUCCCCUCAACCGGUCAGUACGCCCGCUGUGACCGACGAGGUGGCUGUCACUACUGCACCUCCAGUGACUGGCGAAGUGACCAUCAGCACGGCACCUGGGGAGGCUCCCGGUAGAGACAAGGAUGACUCUGAUGCUACCACCCAGGUCGCUACGGAGGCUGCGACUGUCACGACUACGAUCGGUGCUCCUGUUGAGCCUACUACUACUAUAACGUCCCCUCUUCCGGUCAGCACAGCUGCUGUGACCGAUGAGAUUGUUGAUACUACUGCAGCUCCUGUGACUGGCGAAGUCACCAUCACCACGGCAGCUGGGGAAGCUCCCGGUAGAGACAAGGAUGAUUCUGAUGCUACCACCCCGAUCGCUACUGAGACUGCGACUGUGGCUACCACGAUCAGUGCUUCUGUUGAGCCUACUACUAUUAUGACGUCCCCUCUACCGGUCAGUACACCCGCUGUGACCGAUGAGGUCGCUGUCACUACUGCGGCUCCUGUGACUGGCGAGGUGACUAUCACCACGGCAGCUGGGGAAGCUCCGGGAAGAGACAAGGAUGACUCUGAUGCUACCACCCAGGUCGCUACGGAGGUUGCGACUGUCACGACUACGAUCGGUGCUCCUGUUGAGCCUACUACUACUAUAACGUCUCCUUUCCCGGUCAGCACAGCUGCUGUGACCGAUAAGAUUGUUGAUACUACUGCAGCUCCUGUGACUGGCGAGGUCACCAUUACCACGGCAGCUGGGGAAGCUCCCGGUAGAGACAAGGAUGAUUCUGAUGCUACCACCCCGAUCGCUACUGAGACUGCCACUGUGGCUACCACGAUCAGUGCUUCUGUUGAGCCUACUAUUACGACGUCCCCUCUACCGGUCAGCACAGCUGCUGUGACCGAUGAGGUCGCUGUCACUACUGCGGCUCCUGUGACUGGCGAGGUGACUAUCACCACGGCAGCUGGGGAAGCUCCGGGAAGAGAUAAGGAUGAUUCUGAUGCUACCACCCCGGUCGCUACUGAGACUGCGACUACCACUAGGAUCGAUGCUCCUGUUGAGCCCACUACUACUAUCACGACCCCUCAACCGGCCAACACAGCUGCUGUGACCGAUCAGGUUGUUGCUACUACUGCAGCCCCUGUGACUGACGGGGUCACCAUCACGACGGCAGCCGGGGAAGCUCGCAGUAGAGACAAGGAUGAUUAUGAUGCCACCAACCCG